UGUGAGUUCUAUUUGUACAAGCAUAUUUAAUAAUAUAAACUGACAAGUAUAUACUGGCGAGUCUGACAAAAUGUAUAUAAACAGUCAUUAUUAAUGUAUGCGCUUGAAAUAGUGACUGAUUAAUAAACGUGUAAUUGGUGUACUGGCGUUUUCCUUCCUUGCGUUCUUUCACAACAAUCGUUUGAUCAAUAGUACAUAUAUUCCGAAAGUUUUGUUGAGAGUUACAACUCCAAUUUCUGUGAGUUGAAUAGAGAAUUAAAUUUCAAGCUGUAUGCAACAAAAUGCAGCUGCAUAAUUUUAAUAAAAUGUGUAAUAUUUUUGGAAAACCAGAGGAUGAUGGUAAGCCAAUUAGGAAGAAACCAAAGAGUAAGAGUAAAAGUACACAAACGGAUUAUAGGGAAAAUGAGUCACAGACUGAUCCUUGGCAACCCUCAUUACGCAUACCACCAGACGCGAAUCCAGAAAUUUCCACUCUCAGUGACUUGCGUUGCAAUGAUGGUCUUUCUUUCUUUGGAAGAUAUGAGAUCGAGAAAAUUAAACGAAUGAGGAGAAAAAGAGCUUGGCAGGCAUUACUACCACCUGUAAAUUGUACGGAUAAUAAAACUCAGGAGUUUAUUAUCACAAUGAUUGAUCAAGAGGAAUUGGCUUUUCGAGACAAAGUGCUCCAGAGGUUGGCGGAUAGGAGACUAGUUGCAACAAAAGACCUUUUGGACUCCGUGAAUUAUGCAAGACAACUAGGUCUUGAAGAGCGGUUCGAUAACGUUGGAAAAUACCUCAGUCGGAUCCGUGAGAAGAAAAUUGAACAUAUAAAGAGAGAAUUCCAUCGAAACCUCCGAAAACUUACUAAAAAAUAUGACGGUAAAACCUCAACUCUCUCUUCAGAGCCCAAAAAUAAAUGUUUUUCAGCAUCGAAAGUAGACUCAUAUCUGAAAUUUAAACUGGAAGAUGAUGCAACAAAAUCUGGAGAGGAUUCCGAGGAGAUAUCUACGAAUGAAUCCCCUGAGGCAGAUGGUCGAAAGUUGAAUCUCCUCUCUUCGUAUUUAGCCAGAAAUCCCCUCAAAUUACGAACUAAACGACCUCGCAAACCAGACGAGCUUUGCAUCAGAGAAGGGAGAUGCACGGACGAUCAAUUAAAGAAACUUCAUGAAGAUCUUAAGAACAUUCGUCUCAAUGUAACACUCAAAUCCAAUCAAAUAAAAAAUUACCCAAGGUGAAAAAAUUGAGAUCUCGUCACGUAAAAAAAUAAUGACCCAACAUAAAGAUACAAUGUAGGGUGCA